AUGAAGUUUUCGUCCGGUCUUGUGCUUGCUGCCGUUGCUGUGACCGCUGCGCACGCGGGCAACUCCAACUCCCUGCGCACAACGGAAGAAACUCCAAGCGAGCACGACCACCAGUCGAGUGGCGUCGCCCAUGACCAUGUGAACGUCCAAAAGAUUGAGCCGGAAGACCUGGAGGUCGACCUCGAGCAGAUCUUCGGCAUUAGCAAAGACGGCAGCCCCACCAAGUUCAACAUUAUGGACGUAAUCGGCAGCGGUGAUGGCCAGGCGGACUUGGAGGACGUUGUUGAGCUGAUCAAGUCCGUAGGCUCCGACAGCGAUGACCUGUCAUGGCUCGACGAUUUCGACAAGACGAGUGGCAGUGAGAAGGAGUCUGUCGUCCAGAGCGAGUACGAGGACAACUCGUACGAUGACAAGGCGGGUAAGCCCAGCAAAGGAGACGACAUGUCGUGGCUCAACGACUUUGACGACAGCACCGCUAAUGCCGCUGCGGACAAGAGCGCGACGAAGGGCGCAACUGUGUACGACGAUGCCGACACUGACUCUACUGGUGUGAAGGGUGGCGACGACGAGGUUGAAGACGACGACGAGCCUGAGGUUGAUGUCAAUGGUGCCAAGAGUGCCACGAAGGGAGACGCGAAGGGCGAGAAGGGCGAUGCGUCGGGCAGCGACGACCUGGCGUGGCUGUUUGACGACGACGCUGGCAGCAAAAUGUUUGGUGGCGUGAAGGGCGACAACAAGAACCCCGCUCCGUUUGUGGUUGGCGGCGACUCUACUGGUGUGAAGGGUGGCGACGCCGAGGUUGAAGACGACGACGAGCCUGAGGUUGAUGGCAAUGGUGCCAAGAGUGCUACGAAGGGAGACGCGAAGGGCGAGAAGGGCGAUGCGUCGGGCAGCGACGACCUGGCGUGGCUGUUUGACGACGACGCUGGCAGCAAAAUGUUUGGUGGCGUGAAGGGCGACAACAAGAACCCCGCUCCGUUUGUGGUUGGCGGCGACUCUACUGGUGUGAAGGGUGGCGACGACGUGGUUGAAGACGACGACGAGUCUGAGGUUGAUGUCAAUGGUGCCAAGAGUGCCACGAAGGGAGACGCGAAGGGCGAGAAGGGCGAUGCGUCGGGCAGCGACGACCUGGCGUGGCUGUUUGACGACGACGCUGGCAGCAAAAUGUUUGGUGGCAUGAAGGGCGACAACAAGAACCCCGCUCCGUUUGUGGUUGGCGGCGACUCUACUGGUGUGAAGGGUGGCGACGCCGAGGUUGAAGACGACGAUGACGACGACCUGGCGUGGCUGUUUGACGACGACGCUGGCAGCAAAAUGUUUGGUGGCGUGAAGGGCGACAACAAGAACCCCGCUCCGUUUGUGGUUGGCGGCGACUCUACUGGUGUGAAGGGUGGCGACAAGGAACCUUUUGUGGCCGGUGAGGACGACGACUCUGAAGUUGACGACGCUGUUGCCUCGAAGGCUUCGAAGGCAUCGAAGAAGGGUGGAGACGACAUCACCUUUGCCAACCUGUACGAUGAGGGUUCGAAUGGACUCGUGGGCGUCGAAGACCCGGUGGAUGACAAGUACCCGACUGCGGUUGCGGGAGCCACGAAGGGGGAAGCCCCAUCGACCGAGGUCGACGACGACAAGGAGUCGUUUGCGAACGAGGCGACGCAGGAUGACGUCGUGCAGUCGGACGAGAACGUCAAGGACGACAAGUCGGCCACGAAGGGCACUAAGUAG